AUGGCCCCCAGACGCAAAUCCCAACAGCAAGCGAAAGAGUUGCCCCCCACAUCUGCACGUCCACGCCGCGCCGCGCCUGCCCGCGAUACAGGAGGUGACAGCGAGUCCACACUGCCACCUAUGCCAAGUGCCCGCCCGAGGGUCCAGCACGCAGGGAGUUUGUCAGAUCUAGCACCGCCACGCCCGUCAGGCCCACAGGAGCUUCAACAGAUCGUCGGGAUGGUCCGGCCAUGA